AUGCCGACAGAACAGUGGCAAAGUAAACAUCAAGAAAUUGAUCCAGGACUUGCCCACAAGGUGGAAUUCAACCCUGUUAUGUUGGAACAGACCGUCACAGAGACCGUCACAGAGACCGUCACAGAGACCGUCACAGAGACCGUCACAGAGACCGUCACAGAGACCGUCACAGAGACCGUCACAGAGACCGUCACAGAGACCGUCACAGAGACCGUCACAGAGACCGUCACAGAGACCGUCACAGAGACCGUCACAGAGACCGUCACAGAGACCGUCACAGAGACCGUCACAGAGACCGUCACAGAGACCGUCACAGAGACCGUCACAGAGACCGUCACAGAGACCGUCACAGAGACCGUCACAGAGACCGUCACAGAGACCGUCACAGAGACCGUCACAGAGACCGUCACAGAGACCGUCACAGAGACCGUCACAGAGACCGUCACAGAGACCGUCACAGAGACCGUCACAGAGACCGUCACAGAGACCAAAUCGGCACCAACGAAAAGCACCAACGAAAAGCACCAACGAAAAGCACCAACGAAAAGCACCAACGAAAAGCACCAACGAAAAGCACCAACGAAAAGCACCAACGAAAAGCACCAACGAAAAGCACCAACGAAAAGCACCAACGAAAAGCACCAACGAAAAGCACCAACGAAAAGCACCAACGAAAAGCACCAACGAAAAGCACCAACGAAAAGCACCAACGAAAAGCACCAACGAAAAGCACCAACGAAAAGCACCAACGAAAAGCACCAACGAAAAGCACCAACGAAAAGCACCAACGAAAAGCACCAACGAAAAGCACCAACGAAAAGCACCAACGAAAAGCACCAACGAAAAGCACCAACGAAAAGCACCAACGAAAAGCACCAACGAAAAGCACCAACGAAAAGCACCAACGAAAAGCACCAACGAAAAGCACCAACGAAAAGCACCAACGAAAAGCACCAACGAAAAGCACCAACGAAAAGCACCAACGAAAAGCACCAACGAAAAGCACCAACGAAAAGCACCAACGAAAAGCACCAACGAAAAGCACCAACGAAAAGCACCAACGAAAAGCACCAACGAAAAGCACCAACGAAAAGCACCAACGAAAAGCACCAACGAAAAGCACCAACGAAAAGCACCAACGAAAAGCACCAACGAAAAGCACCAACGAAAAGCACCAACGAAAAGCACCAACGAAAAGCACCAACGAAAAGCACCAACGAAAAGCACCAACGAAAAGCACCAACGAAAAGCACCAACGAAAAGCACCAACGAAAAGCACCAACGAAAAGCACCAACGAAAAGCACCAACGAAAAGCACCAACGAAAAGCACCAACGAAAAGCACCAACGAAAAGCACCAACGAAAAGCACCAACGAAAAGCACCAACGAAAAGCACCAACGAAAAGCACCAACGAAAAGCACCAACGAAAAGCACCAACGAAAAGCACCAACGAAAAGCACCAACGAAAAGCACCAACGAAAAGCACCAACGAAAAGCACCAACGAAAAGCACCAACGAAAAGCACCAACGAAAAGCACCAACGAAAAGCACCAACGAAAAGCACCAACGAAAAGCACCAACGAAAAGCACCAACGAAAAGCACCAACGAAAAGCACCAACGAAAAGCACCAACGAAAAGCACCAACGAAAAGCACCAACGAAAAGCACCAACGAAAAGCACCAACGAAAAGCACCAACGAAAAGCACCAACGAAAAGCACCAACGAAAAGCACCAACGAAAAGCACCAACGAAAAGCACCAACGAAAAGCACCAACGAAAAGCACCAACGAAAAGCACCAACGAAAAGCACCAACGAAAAGCACCAACGAAAAGCACCAACGAAAAGCACCAACGAAAAGCACCAACGAAAAGCACCAACGAAAAGCACCAACGAAAAGCACCAACGAAAAGCACCAACGAAAAGCACCAACGAAAAGCACCAACGAAAAGCACCAACGAAAAGCACCAACGAAAAGCACCAACGAAAAGCACCAACGAAAAGCACCAACGAAAAGCACCAACGAAAAGCACCAACGAAAAGCACCAACGAAAAGCACCAACGAAAAGCACCAACGAAAAGCACCAACGAAAAGCACCAACGAAAAGCACCAACGAAAAGCACCAACGAAAAGCACCAACGAAAAGCACCAACGAAAAGCACCAACGAAAAGCACCAACGAAAAGCACCAACGAAAAGCACCAACGAAAAGCACCAACGAAAAGCACCAACGAAAAGCACCAACGAAAAGCACCAACGAAAAGCACCAACGAAAAGCACCAACGAAAAGCACCAACGAAAAGCACCAACGAAAAGCACCAACGAAAAGCACCAACGAAAAGCACCAACGAAAAGCACCAACGAAAAGCACCAACGAAAAGCACCAACGAAAAGCACCAACGAAAAGCACCAACGAAAAGCACCAACGAAAAGCACCAACGAAAAGCACCAACGAAAAGCACCAACGAAAAGCACCAACGAAAAGCACCAACGAAAAGCACCAACGAAAAGCACCAACGAAAAGCACCAACGAAAAGCACCAACGAAAAGCACCAACGAAAAGCACCAACGAAAAGCACCAACGAAAAGCACCAACGAAAAGCACCAACGAAAAGCACCAACGAAAAGCACCAACGAAAAGCACCAACGAAAAGCACCAACGAAAAGCACCAACGAAAAGCACCAACGAAAAGCACCAACGAAAAGCACCAACGAAAAGCACCAACGAAAAGCACCAACGAAAAGCACCAACGAAAAGCACCAACGAAAAGCACCAACGAAAAGCACCAACGAAAAGCACCAACGAAAAGCACCAACGAAAAGCACCAACGAAAAGCACCAACGAAAAGCACCAACGAAAAGCACCAACGAAAAGCACCAACGAAAAGCACCAACGAAAAGCACCAACGAAAAGCACCAACGAAAAGCACCAACGAAAAGCACCAACGAAAAGCACCAACGAAAAGCACCAACGAAAAGCACCAACGAAAAGCACCAACGAAAAGCACCAACGAAAAGCACCAACGAAAAGCACCAACGAAAAGCACCAACGAAAAGCACCAACGAAAAGCACCAACGAAAAGCACCAACGAAAAGCACCAACGAAAAGCACCAACGAAAAGCACCAACGAAAAGCACCAACGAAAAGCACCAACGAAAAGCACCAACGAAAAGCACCAACGAAAAGCACCAACGAAAAGCACCAACGAAAAGCACCAACGAAAAGCACCAACGAAAAGCACCAACGAAAAGCACCAACGAAAAGCACCAACGAAAAGCACCAACGAAAAGCACCAACGAAAAGCACCAACGAAAAGCACCAACGAAAAGCACCAACGAAAAGCACCAACGAAAAGCACCAACGAAAAGCACCAACGAAAAGCACCAACGAAAAGCACCAACGAAAAGCACCAACGAAAAGCACCAACGAAAAGCACCAACGAAAAGCACCAACGAAAAGCACCAACGAAAAGCACCAACGAAAAGCACCAACGAAAAGCACCAACGAAAAGCACCAACGAAAAGCACCAACGAAAAGCACCAACGAAAAGCACCAACGAAAAGCACCAACGAAAAGCACCAACGAAAAGCACCAACGAAAAGCACCAACGAAAAGCACCAACGAAAAGCACCAACGAAAAGCACCAACGAAAAGCACCAACGAAAAGCACCAACGAAAAGCACCAACGAAAAGCACCAACGAAAAGCACCAACGAAAAGCACCAACGAAAAGCACCAACGAAAAGCACCAACGAAAAGCACCAACGAAAAGCACCAACGAAAAGCACCAACGAAAAGCACCAACGAAAAGCACCAACGAAAAGCACCAACGAAAAGCACCAACGAAAAGCACCAACGAAAAGCACCAACGAAAAGCACCAACGAAAAGCACCAACGAAAAGCACCAACGAAAAGCACCAACGAAAAGCACCAACGAAAAGCACCAACGAAAAGCACCAACGAAAAGCACCAACGAAAAGCACCAACGAAAAGCACCAACGAAAAGCACCAACGAAAAGCACCAACGAAAAGCACCAACGAAAAGCACCAACGAAAAGCACCAACGAAAAGCACCAACGAAAAGCACCAACGAAAAGCACCAACGAAAAGCACCAACGAAAAGCACCAACGAAAAGCACCAACGAAAAGCACCAACGAAAAGCACCAACGAAAAGCACCAACGAAAAGCACCAACGAAAAGCACCAACGAAAAGCACCAACGAAAAGCACCAACGAAAAGCACCAACGAAAAGCACCAACGAAAAGCACCAACGAAAAGCACCAACGAAAAGCACCAACGAAAAGCACCAACGAAAAGCACCAACGAAAAGCACCAACGAAAAGCACCAACGAAAAGCACCAACGAAAAGAUUCAGCAUUACCUGCAGGCGUCUUUAUAAUGGCUAG